CGGUAUUCCCGCCUCCACCCUGUUAGAAUCCCGGGCUCGCCGCUAGGCUCUACUGUGCAGAAGAACCUGCUCCUUGAUCCUACCUGUUCCUCGGUCCAGCGGCGUCCUGCUUUCACCGGCCGUCUUCUCUCCCCGGCGCCGGCAUCUUCAGUAAGAGCUGCACUUUGUGAAUGGUCACCUGUAGUUUUCUGGGACCUGUCAUGUGUCCCAAAAGACUACGGGGAGGACAACUCCACGGACAUGGGUACCUGUCAAAUUCGGGUGCCCCCCCCACGAAGGUCUGCAGUCUCUGGUCAUCUCCUGUACUAUGCCUGCAGUCUCUGGUCAUCUGUAGUAUGUCCGCAGUCUCUGGGCAUGUCCUGUACAAUGUCAGCAGUCUCUGGUCAUCUCCUGUACUAUGUCCGUAGUCUCUGGUCAUCUCCUGUACUAUGUCCGUAAUCUCUGGUCAUGUCCUGUACUAUGUCCGCAGCCUCUGGUCAUGUCCUGUACUAUGUCCGCAGUCUCUGGUCAUGUCCUG